UCGCUGCCGCUGGCAAGGGAGUGACACCGAUCGAGCUGACGACCAAAGGCGUCAAGCUAACAUCCAAAGCAACUAUUCUUUUUUUUUUCCUUUUUUUGUGGAAAGAACUAUCCAGUACUAGGAUGGCAACAGCGCGAGCUCUCCGGCUAGUGGCCUCGAGGCCGUCCGCCACCCACCGCAGCCUCCUGGCCGUGCACCGCCGUCUCCUGUCCGCCUCGACGGAAGCCGGUGGCGCGGGUGACGCCGCCGUGCAUUCCGGCGACGCGAGGAGUGAAGACUACACGGAACGUCCCCCGAGGUUCUCCGGCGCCGAGGAUGCCACCAAAGGAGGCGGCCACGGCAAGCACGCGCCGACGCCACCGGCGCCCGGCGUCAAGGAGCGCGUCCCGCCGUUCGCGUCCUCGGGGAAGCUGGGGUCCCGUCAGGAGCUCGCUGACCCAGCAGGAGCCUCGUCGUUCACGCAGAAGCGUCGACUGUCCGCCGGCGCGGGGCUGGCGCGCGACUCGCGCGAGGAGGCGACGCCCGGCGGCGAGGAGUCCGCGGCGCGGAAGGUGAGGGAGGAGGACCGGGUGUACUACCGGACGCACAAGCCGUCGCCGCUGGCGGAGGUGGAGUUCGCCGACACGAGGAAGCCCAUCACGCGCGCCACGGACGGCGGCGCCGCGGACCGGUACGCGGAUGUGCCGGCCCGGGUGGUGGAGGACACGGCGGACGACUCGCUGGCGCGCGCCGAGGCCAUGUUCCGGGAGGCCGCGUCGCGCGGGAACCCCGAGUGGCCGCACUCCCGCGCGCUCGCCGAGAUGCUGGCCCGGCACGAACAAGCAGGGGACGACGCGGGGAGCAGGGCGGCCUGGGGAAGCUGAGGAGAGACUUGUAGCGUGCACGUCCUACGUAAUGUUCCUCCUGUAGUCCUGUACUAGACUAACUAGUACUGUAUGAGCCGCUGCCUUGGUUUUGUAGGGUUAGAUAGACUUAUAAAAACUGCUACUGUUGUUGGGCAUCUGGACUCUGUAAAUUGAACGCAAUAAAGAAGCAGUUUAGCUUUCA